UGCUUCGUUUCGCUUGUCGGGGGAUGGGGGGACGAGCCUCCGCCGCCGCCGCCGUGGCGGCCUUCGGAAGGCGUGCGGCUCGGCUGCGAUCGUGGCAGAUUCGGCCGGUUCCAGCGUGGAUUCUACGUGCUGUGAGAUUCCCCCCAAGGUUUUUUUUGUGGCGUGAAUCUGAUGUCGGGUUUAAGGAAUUUUUAGCAUCGGAUCUGAUUCCCCCGCGGCGAGAUCUCCCGUUUGUGGUAGCUCCACUUCAUUUUGACUGUGUCGAACAAGUGGGAUGCUCGAUUCAGCGUUUGCUGAGGUACCUCGCGGAGCUGCUAGCGGAGCGGCACAAGCUGAGCCCGUUCAUCCCAGUGCUCCCUAAUAGUGUACGGCUGCUGAAUCAAGAAAUUUUACGUGUUUCCACACUAUUGGAGAACGCGUCCCUUUUAAAUCAAAGUGGCCUUGAACAUGGUAGUCCACUAACAACUGGAGGAUUAUAUUCAAAUGGAGCAGCAGCUGAUAUGAAUGGGUGGACAUCAGCAUUUCAAUCAGAAGGUUCACCAGCUUAUAGCUGGCGUGGAGGUUCUCAAGGCAGUUCCUCUGGACUAAUUGUUAAGAAAACCAUGAAGGUUGAUAUCCCAGUAGACAAAUAUCCCACAUUCAAUUUCGUUGGCCGCAUCCUUGGUCCUAGAGGAAAUUCUUUGAAGCGAGUGGAAGCAACCACCGACUGCCGUGUGCUUAUAAGAGGUCGGGGAAGCAUUAAAGAUCCAGCUCGGGAGGACAUGAUGCGAGGGAAACCAGGUUAUGAACAUCUGAAUGAACCCCUGCACAUAUUGGUUGAGGCAGAACUGCCUGUUGAAAUUAUUGAUACCCGUCUGAUCCAAGCCCGUGAUAUCCUUGAAGAUCUGCUGAAGCCUGUGGACGAGUCUCAGGACUUCUUCAAGAAGCAGCAGCUCCGGGAACUCGCCAUGCUCAAUGGCACCCUCCGUGAAGAAGGGAUGCAAAGAUCUGGCUCAGCUUCCCCUUUCCACAACAGCCUUGGAAUGAAGAGGGCGAAGACAAGGGGGUAAGUGAGCAAGUGUUCAUGAUGGGAGGACCAAUCGUCUAUUCUGAGACCGAUGCUGAAGUAUGCCUAUGGGGUUGCCUUGCUGGCUGAUGGCCCAAAAACGGUCUCGCACCGCCAGCAUCGGAGCGGCCCGUACUUGAUAAUACCAUAUAUCUGGAGUUGUGUAUUCCUGCUACCGCCUACCGAGGGGUCUGGUUAUGGCAACGUAGGGUGUUGGGCUAUAUAUUGGGUUGUGCAUGGUUUGGUGGUAGCUAUGUGGUUUGUGUAUUGCUAUGAACUGAUAUCUGGGGUUUUGAUAUAAAGGCCCUGAGCUUGUAUUUUUGAACUUUUUUAAGACUUCGAUCUAAGGAUGAUAAUUGGGAUAACUCGGAUUGAAGAGACUUUGUAACUUGUAACAUUUUUGUGGUUGUACUGUUUAUCGCACACUAAUCGUUGAGCAAAAUUGAUGUCGGUA